UGUCGGGUUCCCGGGGGCGGGGCCUGGUGUCAUGGCUGCGCCCUGUUCGGACAGACUCUUCGCGAGGUGUUGACGAUGUCCAAGGAGCAGGUGACUAUCAGUGAGCUCCUGCUCUCAUUGGACAGUUCAGAGCUGCAGGAGGCGGAGCAGGUGAGAGCGACAGUCAACCAGCAGCUGAGCUCAGACAGAGGAGGUGCGGUUCUCUCCUCUCUGGUGGAGUAUUACCUCGACUCCUCGUCUCCUCAGGCAGUUCUCCUCCUGUCGACCAUCAGAGAGCUUCACCACAAGCUGCUGCUGGAGAAGCUCCACGAGUCUCUGAACAGACCUGGAACCAGAUUGGCUGCUCUGACUCUGCUGGGUCACCUGAUCCGCAAGCAACCGCCAUGGGUUCAUCACAUCAGCCGCUCCCCCCUGCUGCCGUCACUGCUGCGCUACCUCAAGACAGACAGCGAUGUGGCCGUUCUCAUCACUGCAGUCCUGGUCCUCAUCACUCUAUUACCCAUGAUCCCUCAGGCCGGGAAACAGCACAUCUACGACUUCUUCGACGUGUUUGGACGCCUCGCAUCAUGGAGUUAUAAAAACCCUGGUCAUGUACCUGUGGUUCACCUGGUCCACCUUCAUGCAGGUGUGUACUCACUGUUCCACCGUCUGUACGGGAUGUUCCCCUGUAACUUCAUCUCCUACCUGAGGCUCCACUACAGCAUGAAGGAGAACCUGGACACCUUCCAGGAGAUCGUCAAGCCGAUGUUGGAACAUGUAAGGGUUCACCCUGAGUUGGUCACAGGGACUCAGGACUAUGAACUGGACCCGUCCAGGUGGAGGUGUUAUGAAGUCCAUGACAUCGUGAUCGAGUGUUCCAGAGUGUCUCUGGAUCCUCUGGAGUCGUCGUGUGAGGACGACAGCUUCUCCUCCCUCAGAGACCCCCCUUCCUCCCCCUCACCCAGACCCCCCCCUCUGUCCUCCCCCCUCCCCCCGCUCGACCUCACCUGCAUAGAUGGCGUCAGCAGCACAGGAAGCUCCACGAGUCCGGCUCUGCCUCAGUUGACCUUUGACACUUGCAUUCAGGCUGAUGAUGUCACAUGGAGCCCCUCCUCUCACUGUGGUUUGUCGACGCCCCCCCCUGAACCUGCUGCCACCGACUCCACCCACCCACCAAUCAGAACCGCAUCUUUCUCAGCUGUGGAAUGUCCUCCGUCUCCCACUGUCCCUGUGACAUCACUGAGCGAGUCCAACCAGGACGCAGCUCUGACUCCUCACGACAACCACCAGCGGAAGCAGCAGCCAAUCCCAGAGCUGGAGAGGUCAGCCAGUCAGCCAGUCACAGACAAGGAGGAGAGAGUUCAAAGUGAUGUCAUCACCAGCAGCGGAGACUCCACCCCCCCUCAGCACGUCCUCCUCACCUCUACCCCCAGCUGUGGCCAGUCAGACUCCUCCCUCCCCCGUCCUCCCCCCUCCAUCUCACUCUGCUUCACCCCACCAACCAGGUCGGAGGAGGGAGGCCUCUUCGAUCAGAGUCCUGCCUUCCCAUACGAACCCCUGUUUGAGCUGGCUCUGCCUCGAGCUGCCCAACUCUUCAUCGGAAGGAAGACUCAGGAGGUGCUGGAGAGAGCAGCAGGUCAGCAGGAGAGGGGGGGAGGUUGGGGAGGAGUGGAGGGAGAGGACAAGAAGCAGGAUCAGACCUCCGUCUCCCCUCUGGACGCUCUGGACCAGCUGAUCGUCCACGGACGAGACGCCCAUGAACGCCUGAGCAGCAGGUUGUCAGCAGUCAGUAGGUCGGUGGAUCGAAGUCAUUUUGGAGGUAAACAGCAAAGCAUGAAAACCAAAGGUGCGGUCGUGGGGGAGGAGCUUCAGUCACUGAGGAGUCAGCUGCUGCUGAUCCACGGUCAGCUUCAGUACGAACGUUUCAAACGGCAGCAGCACGCCAUCAGGAACCGGCGCCUGCUGCGGCGAGUCAUCAGCUCCACCGCGCUGGAGGAGCAGAGCAGCGCCAUGAGGGCUCAGCUGGGCGUUCAGGAUGAGGAGAUUCGUUCUAUGAAGUUGAGUCUUGAGGAAGAACAGAGACGUUACACACAACUGCAGCAGGACACACACGAACAAACCAACCAGCUGAACACACAGAUCCAACAACUGCUGCUGCAGCAACAGGACGAGCAGACACACAACCAGAGGCUGCAGAGCGACCUUCAGGAGUGUCAGAGCAGGCUGAGAAUUGUGGAGGCGGAGCUUCAGAGUGCCAAUAACAAGGCCAACAACUCUGAGCAUCAGCUGACCCAGCUGUCACUCAAGCUGAGCAGCAGUGAACAGUUGCAGCAGCAGAUCUUCUUGAUGAACCAGCAGCUCGUCCUCCUCAGAGAAACUAACAGAGCUCUGACCAAUCAGCUGGAGGGAGGAGGGGCCAGCCGUUUGACCGAGGCGUCCAUGCUGCAGUGCAGUGUGGGUAAAGAGUGCCAGCGUCUGAGGGACAGUGAUGUCCAGCAGAGGCAGAAGCUGGAGGCAGCCAAUCACAGGAUCCUGGAGCUUGAGAACCAGCUGGCCAGGAAAGAUCAGUUGAUCCAGGAUCAGAAGAAACUCCUGGAGGACACCAAGGCCCAGAACAGAGCGGAGUUGUCGGCCUGUGACAGCCGCUGCCUUGCUCUGCAGCGGGUCAGUCAGAACCUGCAGACGGAGAUGCUUCACCUCUACAGUCAGAUCCACCUGGAAACUCACAGUCGCCCUCAGGACGUCUGCGGCAGGCCCAAUGGCGGCAGUGUUGCUUUACCUGUUGCUCAGAGCAGCCUCAGGCCCCGCCCCUCCUCUUCUUCUGUUGGUAUAAUAAAUGGAGUGGUGUCCACCUCCCCCCUGCACCUCCCGUCCUGCUCCUCCUCCCCCCUCUCCCUCUCCCCCAUCGAGUCCCCCCUGGCCGUGGGAUCGUUCCUGGAGCAGAGAGCACGGCAGCUGUUCGGACCGACCAAUCACAGCCCGGAGGAGGAGGAGGAGGAGGAGGAGGAGGAGGCGGCGGCGGCGGUGGAGUAUGAGGAGGUUCAGUCGGAGACCCUUCUUCUGGAUCAUGAAGUGGAGGAGGCCACCCUCCUGUCAGAGAACCCUCAGAUGGUGCCUCCAAGCCUGGCUACAGCUCACAGCUUCACCACCUUCAAACCCGCGGUGCUCCCCCCAGGUCCUGCCCCCCCCGCAGACCUGACCCUCGCUGUUCGCCAGAGGAGACACGAGCUGAGCAUCAUGGACUACGACGAGACGCUGCCAGAGUACUGACGGAGGACUGGAGGCUGUCCUCAGAUCAGCAGCUGACCUGCUGACUGGUCUGUUUUCACAUCUGCCUUAAAAACACUGUGUCACAACCUUCUCCUGUUCGAAUGCUAAUCAGCCAAUAAGCUGACAGAGAUAAAAGAGGAUCAGUCGGAGUUUAACCUCCAGAGCACAAAUGAUUCUAUGAAAUGAUAAAUGUUCUAAAUCUCAGUCCAACUAAAGAACUGAAGCUAAGAUAGAAAUCAGAUGAAACUUAAUCAACACCUGUAGUUUGUUCUAAUGCCAACAUGAGGCUUUUAGUUCAAACUAAUUAAUGAGCAAGUUGAUGGAUUUUAAUUUAACAGAAGGAUAAAGAAAUAAGUUAAUGUUAGCAAAACAUGUAUGCCGAAUUAAUAAUUUACUCCGAUGUAAGAAUAUAUCCAUAAUCGUGUCAAGAUAUAAAACGAGUUAUAAAGAGACAUUAAAUUGAAGUGUGAAAUCUUAAAAACGAAGGAGCAGUCACAGCAGCUAAAUACAACAGAGCCGAUCACGUCAGUAAUUUGACUAAUCGGAUGUUUAAAGUCUCUCAGCUAACAUUAGCGUGCUAAUAUUCUCCCUCAGCACAUUGACUUGUGGAUUAACUUGCUCAUGCUCUGAUAGCUGUGCAGUUAUUGUGACUUUCCUGAGUCUGAACGUUCGAUCUUUAGAGUUUUGUUUUUGUCGUCAGGAAACAAUUAAUUAAACCAAAAAUAAGGGAAGUGGAGGUUUGUUUGAAUGAAGAAAGCAGGAGCUGUGCUCAUGUUCCAGCAUCAUCUCAACAUGAAACUGCCUUCCUCACAAACAUCAGUUGCAACACAGCAUCAAAACACUAUCAACCUUUUUACACCAAAAUUAGUGGUUAUAUAUUUCAGGGAAAAAAGCUCAUCACACGUUGCCACGGAUCAGGUUUGACUUCCUGUCUGGACUGACGCUGAGCUGCUCCAGUGACUGCUACGUCUCCUCUGGGCGGUUUGAAUCUGACCUCAGCAGACAUGCCCUAGCUAGCUAUUUAACAGAGACAGCAUCAUUAGCACAGCCUUGAAGUGCUGUGUAGACAAAGGUGCAUGUGGUUUAACAGCAGGAGUGCUCACAGUGUGUGUGCCUCAAAAAGACAUCUCAUGGAAACUGACCAAAGGUCUUUGUGUUUUAUUUGCGUCUGUGGCUACAGAGCUGAUAGAGAUCAGGGAGGACCAUGUGACACAGGCUGAAUGAUCCUGUUCACACUGAAGCAAAACAACUCAUGUCUGGGUUUAUUUUGUCCAGAGUGCAAAGACACAAAUAACUUCAACAACGAUAAUGAUGAAGACAUCAGGCCUGCUUUAGUCCCAGCCAGCUGCAGCAUCUGAAGUAUGAUUUAUGUUAGUUUCAUGCUCACUCAUAACACUGUCCACAGUUGAUCAUGGGGUUCCUCAGGGUUCUACUCUUGGUCUGUUAUAGUACUUCUUAUUUACAGAUGUAGCAGCAGACCUUCAUAAACAUAAUUAAAAGUUGAAAUGGAUAAAAACACCAGCGCCCGUGUGUUCGAGGCGCCGUGAUUCAUUUUGAAUCUCCUGGUCUGGACGUGAACAAACUGGUUCGAGGUUUAUUUUGAAGGAAGACACUUGUUUCAGUCUGUGGGGAGACUCAGCUGCAGGGGAAGUGAUGCAAUACAAAUUCUGCUUGAUUGUCUUUAUCCAUGUGUGUGUUUGUUAAACAGAAAAUGGAAAAUGUUGAUCACCAGCUCUCCAGCAGGUGUUUCACAAAGUGAUCCCACCUGUCACCUGCUGCAGAGCGGCGGAGUCACUCGCUCUCUGCUGGACCAUAAUGCAUCAAUAACACUUCUUCAUAUCCAGCAACAUUUACAGCCAGAAGAGGAAACUGUGACCGGCAGCUCGGGUUCACUUCAGGUUCAGGACGUGGUCAUUCCAGCUGAGCUGCUGCUUCCAGCCUUUAUGCUAAGCUAGGCUAGCCGUCUCAGAUACUGUGAAGCUACAGUGUUCUUCUGAUUAUCAGGUGUAACAUCUGAACGUGUUUGAACCUUGGUCUCCUUCAUCUAAUGUGAACAUGUGACCAGAUCUUCGUCACAAGCAAAGAGAAGUGAAACUGGUCCUUCAAAGUAAAGGCUGAUUUCAUCUCAUGACAAACGAAUGAAUUAUCUGAUUAUCUUUCUGUUUUCUCCUGUGAAACACAGGGGGCGCUGUUCUGUCAUCACCAGGUCGAAUAGACAAAUAUUAAACUGUGAACACUAAAAUAAAGAUUUAUUCAUAA